AGGGUGUAAGGUGGAUCAAGUGCUCUGAUCUGUCAACCCAACCAGGAUUCCAAGGAUACAGGACGCAGAGAACCAGAUGCAUCGACGGUUGAAAAUGCCGCCGCGGGACCAUCCGGUCGUUCCUGAGUGACAAUGCAGAGGAGUGCGUCUGGUAAAAGAUAUAGUCCCAGCCAGCAUCCUUCAGCGUCCUAUAUGCCUCUUCAAAAGAAAGCCCCCACAUCUCCACUCGAGGCGAAACUGAAGAAGCCGAGACGAUGGGGUUGUUGUCGUAUCUCGAUAGCUUUAAUAUCGUUCGUGUUCUUCGUAGCUUUCCUUGUGACCAUCGCAUACGUCUUCUUAUUCACGGACCUGAUCGGGCACCUCGUCGGCUCCGACAAGGGAAUGGCCCAAAGUUCCCGUCGUAACUCUUCCGAAGACGUCUCGCGUCCCAGCAGCCCUCUGCCCGACACAGGUUCCAUCUCUACAACAGCAGCUCCCCUGAGGGAAUUGAAUAUCUUAGUCCUGAUCGUAGACACUCGGACUCAUAUCAUGGACAACGGGUCUUUCAAAGCGUCAUCGGAGUCCUGGCGGAAAACCGAACUCGCGUGGCGGGAUCUGUACGAUAAGAAACAGAUGACAGAUCGUUUGAAGGUUUCGUUUUGCCAGGGUUGCAGACCCGUAGGUGUCAAGGACGAAGACAAUACGCCGACCGUAUUCUACACGGUGGAACAUUUGAGAGGAGACACGCAUUCUUACAAUACGGUAGUCUUCGUCGCCCUACCGACACCACCGGGUGAGAUUCUUUCCCUCCUGAAGCGUCACGGUCGCACGGACACGCUGGGAGAGAUCUGUCAGAAAGGAACGUGGUCAUCGACGGGUUGCGACUUCAAAGUUCCGCGGGCCAGAGACGUCCUCCCCGGGGAGAAGAAGGGCGUGUACAAUUUCGCCAUUCAGGUGCCGUCGAUGACGGAGAAGGAGCUCCUAAACUACAACAAGACGGUGAUAAUGCAAAAAGACAUGGAUACUUUCAAGAUCUUGAUAAGUUUACCGAUGGCGGUUCGGUGAAAUUUCGGAAUCUAGUGAGACUUCUGCUAGCUAUGGAUUUCUGAAAGAGUGAUACACUGUAUAGUUGUUAAUUUAUUUCUGCAUUGCGACUUGAACAUUGUACUUAAUUCCCCCCUAACCUCAGAAUGCUUGAGUGUACUGCUGAGCGUGUUGAGAGCUCAAUGAGCGUUCUGAUCGAGCGGUACACCGGUCUCGUUACACUGUAAACAAGAAUUUAUCU